GGAGCCCGGAGAGCAGCACUUCGAACAUCUCGCGGCAGACACUUUCCCCGAAAUCUCCCUGAACAACGAGAAAACCCUGCCAGAAACCAGCUAUCCCAACCAAACGACGCGACUGCCACCAAUAACCUACACGGGGCGCUUCUCCUUAGAGCCAGCCCCCAACAGCAGCAACCCCCUAUGGCCAGAGCCCCUCUUCAGCCUCGUCAGUGGGCUGGUGGGCAUGGCUAAUGCACCACCCACUUCUACGCCUACUUCAUCCUCAUCAUCCUCCUCCUCGCAGAGCUCCCCAUUGAGCUGUUCUGUCCAAGCCAGCGAGAACAAUCCAAUUUAUUCAGCUGCACCAACAUUUCCUAAUUCCAGCUCUGACAUUUUCCCUGAAUCCCAGACCCAAUCCUUCCCCAACCCCUCUGGAGCCCCCAUACAAUAUCCACCUCCAGCUUAUCCGACUGCUAAAACCAACUUUCAGGUGCCAAUGAUCCCGGAUUACUUGUUCCCUCAGCAGCAGGGUGAACUCAGUAUUGUUCCAGCUGAUCAGAAGCCCUUCCCAGCCCUUGAGACCAGAGCACAGCAGCCUUCUCUCACACCACUGUCCACUAUUAAGGCAUUUGCUACGCAGACUGGCUCCCAAGAGUUGAAGACCCUCAACACUAAUUAUCAGUCCCAGCUGAUCAAACCCAGCAGGAUGAGGAAAUACCCAAACCGUCCCAGCAAGACACCUCCUCAUGAGCGUCCCUAUGCCUGCCCAGUGGAGUCCUGUGACCGAAGAUUUUCACGAUCGGAUGAGCUAACGCGGCACAUACGCAUCCACACGGGACAGAAACCUUUCCAGUGCCGCAUUUGCAUGCGGAACUUCAGCAGGAGUGACCACUUGACUACACACAUCCGCACACACACAGGAGAGAAGCCAUUUGCUUGUGACAUUUGUGGCAGAAAGUUUGCUAGAAGUGAUGAGAGGAAGAGGCACACUAAAAUCCACCUUAGGCAGAAGGACAAGAAAGUGGAAAAGGCAGCUCCAGCCUCAACUGCUUCCCCAAUUCCUGCCUAUUCAUCCUCUGUAACUACGUCCUACCCCCCCUCCAUGGCCGCCACUUACCCCUCCCCAGUGCGCACAGCGUAUUCUUCUCCUGCUCCCUCUUCCUAUUCCUCCCCUGCACACACCACAUUCCCAUCCCCUUCUAUUGCAACCACCUACCCCUCUGGCUCUGCCACUUUUCAGACCCAAGUGGCCACCUCCUUCUCAUCUCCAGGAGUUGCCACCAAUUUCAGCUCACAGGUGACCUCAGCACUUUCAGACAUGAACUCAGCCUUUUCGCCAAGGACAAUUGAAAUCUGCUGAGUACCUUCUGGAACAGGAGAAUUCACCUUUUCCACUGGUGUUAUCAGACAUGGAGUUUCCAGUUACUCCCACAACACCAUACGUUGCAAGGCUAUUUAGUUUAAACAUCAGCUGCCUGAAUCAACUGCUGCUUAAGUUUUCCACCUCUCUUGAAUGACUUCAUUUGCAUGGACUGUGGAUAUAAGUUCAAUAUAAUUUUCCCCAUAAACAAUAGUCUUUUAUUAGGAAGAAAGGACUUUUGAUUAAGUAUCUAGCUGAUGUAAAUUGUACAUGUGCCAUGGUUUUGCUUUCCUUUAGGUACUAUUGAUGUGGAAAAAAAUCUUUGCACAUUCAUAUUAUAUAAUUUGGAGUUUGAAGGGCCAUAUUUUGUAAGUGUUAAUUCUAUUUUAGUGACAAUGCUAUAAUGAAUUUCAAACUUCUUUGGGAACAGCACUUACUGUAUUUGAGCAUGUUGGAGUGAUGCUAUGUAAAUAUCACCUGAUGAGACACUCACAUGUGGCAGAAGUUUUGUUUUAAAAGUUACAAGUCUUGGUGCCUUUUUGUGAAGCCUUGCUGACGUCAUGCGUUUGUGUGAGUGGAUGCUUUGCAUCUUGCCUUAAAGUGGAAGGUAUGUUUCUCAAAGAAUGUAAGAAAGAGCAGGGAAUGGGUGGGGAGAGGAGCAAGAGGAAAGGCCAGGGGAUGGAAGUAGGCAAAAAAACCCAAAAAAAUCAAACAAACCAAAAAAAACCAACCAAAAC